GGUGGAAACGGAGCUCCGUCUGGACCCGGCGGCUUGUUCAGCUCCUCUUCCCUGACAAAGAGAGCGAGAUGCGGCGGAAAGAGAAGAGGCUGCUGCAGGUCACCGGGCUGCUGAUCGCCGCGGCUCUUUUCUUUCCAAACGUCGGCUUGUGGUCUUUGUACCGGGACAGACUGCUGGACAGCGGCUCGGCGGGCUCCGCAGACGGACCGAGUCGGAUCUCAGAGCUGCUUCCGGGGUUUAACUUGAAGGUGGUGCAGGUGGGAGCUGACGGUGUGCGACGAGUUGACUGGCAUGACUAUGAAGCAAUAAGGAGAGAUGCUGCUCGCAUCGGUCAGGGUGAACAGGGGAAGCCCUUUCCUCUGAUAGAAAGUGACCGAGUCGACCAGGCCUACAGGGAAAACGGCUUUAACAUUUACGUCAGCAACCGUAUCUCCCUGAACCGCUCCCUGCCAGACAUCCGCCAUGAAAACUGCAAACUGAAGCUGUACUCAGAGAAGCUGCCAAACACCAGCAUCAUCAUCCCGUUUCAUAAUGAGGGCUGGUCGUCGCUGCUGAGGACGGUUCACAGCGUGAUCAACCGCUCUCCUCCAGAGCUCAUCGCAGAAAUCAUCCUGGUCGACGACUUCAGUGAUAAAGAGCACCUGAAGGUGGCUUUGGAGGAAUACAUGACUAGAAUACCAAAGGUUCGCAUCCUGAGGACUAAAAAGAGGGAAGGUCUGAUCAGGACUCGGCUGCUAGGAGCAACAGCGGCUAAAGGAGAAGUUAUCACCUUCCUGGACUCUCAUUGUGAGGCCAACAUCAACUGGCUGCCUCCUCUGCUGGACCGGAUUGCACAGAACCGGAAGACCAUUGUGUGUCCGAUGAUAGAUGUCAUCGACCAUGACCACUUUGGGUACGACAAGCAGGCAGGAGACGCCAUGCGUGGAGCGUUUGAUUGGGAGAUGUACUACAAACGGAUCCCCAUUCCUCCAGAGAUGAAAAAAAAGGACCCUACUCAGCCUUUUGAGUCUCCAGUGAUGGCUGGUGGGUUGUUUGCUGUGGACAGAAAAUGGUUCUGGGAACUGGGAGGGUACGACACAGGACUGGAAAUAUGGGGAGGAGAACAGUAUGAGAUCUCAUUCAAGGUGUGGAUGUGUGGUGGUCGGAUGGAGGACAUUCCUUGCUCCAGGGUGGGGCAUAUCUACAGAAAAUAUGUUCCCUACAAGAUUCCUGGAGGGAUCAGCCUGGCAAAGAAUCUGAAAAGGGUGGCGGAGGUGUGGAUGGAUGAGUAUGCUGAAUACGUCUACCAGCAUCGGCCUGAGUACCGACACCUUUCAGCAGGAGACAUGACGGCGCAGAAGGAGCUGCGAAGUCAACUGGGCUGCAAAAACUUCAAAUGGUUCAUGAGCGAGGUGGCCUGGGAUCUGCCCAGACAUUACCCACCAGUGGAGCCCCCUGCUGCUGCCUGGGGGGAGAUAAGAAAUGUUGGAAGCGGGAUGUGCAUGGAGAUUAAACACUUUGUCUCUGGAAGCCCGAUCCGCCUGGAGAACUGUGUGAAAAGUCGAGGAGAAGUCAGCUGGAGCCAUGGACAGGAUAAGGAAGUUGGGAGUCAGAAAUGUGCUACUUCCCGAUUAUUUCCCGUGGUGCAGCAGAGAUGCAGCGCCCCGGCUGACAGCGGCAGCCUUGUUCAGACCAAACACCUCCACACCCAGAAUCCAAUCAUUCAGCUCAGGGUUGUGAUGUGGAAGGAGGGUGGGAGGACCACAGUGAGAUCUGUCUGACCUGCGGGAAACCUCAACAGCUGUCAGAGACUUUCAGAGACAGCAAACAUUUGCUGAGAGGCGUUCCUUUCAUUGCCAGAGGAGAACUGAAGCGCCUGGUGAACCGGAGGACUGAUUUCUGCUUUUGCUUUCUUGUAUUUUUCUAUUGUUGGCAUGUUUGUCAUUCAUCAUGCUAGAACAGCUUUUAAAAGCAGAAACUAAAAGAUCGAUUCAUUGCUGCCAUUUUUUAAAGAAAAAACAUCCUGUUUAUAUCAUCUUUACAGAAGAAAUUUAUUUUGUUUUCUAUGAUGUAAUAAAGAAACCAAAGUACUGAAGUUGAACUGACCGUGUUUGUUUGUGUCCAACAGUUUGCUUUUAGACAGCUUGGCAGAAAGGAGCAAAUAUCAGGUAUAACAUUGCA